CUGUUACAGUUAAACGGCUUACGACACGGAGAACAAAUCACAACCAGUUCGACUUCUUGUAACAGUAAAAAGUUGGAGGUGAUAAGCGCUGAAACACCGCUACGAGAAAGGGCCUUAUGCAAAUUUGAAUAUGUCCUCAACUACAAUCCAAGGCGACUACCGGCGGCGUUGACGGAAGUGAAAUGCAGUUGUGAUCGACCGAAUUCAAAAUUGGUCGGAAAACGGAUUUUCGAAUGCGAACAUAUUCGGUACCAAGUACGAGUGCUAAUGUUUGAUGAGACUUGUAAUACAUUCCGAGAGUACACAGAAACCAUUGCGCUUGCAUGCAUACCAGUGGUACAGGUACGAUAUCGCUAG